AUGGCCAAGUCAAAGACCAAGGAGAGCAAGAAGGCUGACGCCGCUCUAGCCACUGUUAAAAAUGCUGGUGUUACAAAGGCUUCCCAGUCCACCAAGUCCAAGUCCAAGGAGAUUGCCAAGACUGCCGCUAAGAAGGUAGUCAAGGAGAAGGACGCCCCUGAGAAAAAGAAGAAGAAUAAGAAGGUCGCCGAACCUGAGUCUUCUGAGUCCUCUGACUCUGAGAGUGAAAGCGACUCUGCCUCUGAUAGCCCCGACUCUGAAUCCGAGGCUGAAAAGAAGCCUGCCGUCAACGACAAGGCCAAGGCGAAGACUAAGAAGGCCGAUUCUGAGUCCGAGUCCGAGUCUGAAGCUGAUUCUGAGUCCGAAUCUGAUUCUGACAGCCAAUCCAAGGAGGAGACCAAGAAGCCUGCCACCAACGGCAAGGCCAAGGCCGCUGCGUCUGAGUCGGAUUCUGAUUCCGACUCUGACAGCGAAUCCACUGAUGAGGCCGCCAAGCCUAAGGUUAAUGGUAAGGCCAAGGCUGAAGCUGACGACUCGUCAGAUUCCUCUGACUCUUCCGACUCUGAGGAGGAGAGCGAUGACAAGGCCACUGCCAAGAAGGCUGCCGACUCUUCUGACUCGGAAGAAGAUUCAGACGAUAGCGAUGACAGCAGCGAAGACGACUCUGAAGAGUCUGGCGAGUCUAAGACCAAAACUGAGGAUGCCUCUGCCUCUAAGAAGCGCAAGGCUGAUGAGGAAAUCGACGCCACCCCCAAGAAAGCUAAGACUGAAGGCGCCCCCACUUUGUUUGCCGGCAAUCUGAGCUGGAACAUUGACGACAACGCCUUGGCCGAGGCCUUCAAGGAGUUCGAGGGCUUAGUCGGUGCUCGUGUUGUCACUGACAGAGACGGCGGCCGCAGCCGUGGCUUCGGAUACGUCGACUUUGAGACACCUGAGGCCGCCACCAAGGCUUACGAAGCUAUGCAGGGCUUUGAGCUGGACGGCCGUCCGCUUAACCUCGAUUACGCCAACACUCGGCCUGCCGAGUCUAACCCCCGUGACCGUGCUACGGACCGUGCCAAGAAACACGGCGACUCUGUCAGCCCUGAAAGCGAGACUCUCUUCAUUGGCAACUUGCCCUUCGACACCGACCAGGAGACUGUCCGUCAGUUCUUCGCCGAGGUCGCCGAGGUCACCAGCGUUCGCUUGCCUACCGAUCCUGACUCUGGAAACUUAAAGGGCUUUGGUUAUGUUUCCUUCAACUCGGUCGAGGACGCCAAGACUGUCUUCCAGCAGUUGAAUGGUGCUUCUCUGGGCAACGGCAGAAUGUCUCGCAGCGUGCGUCUUGACUUUGCCAGCAGCCGUCCUCAGCAGAGUGGCGGUGGCUUCGGUGGUGGUCGCGGUGGACGUGGAGGACGUGGAGGCCGCGGAGGUCGCGGCGGUGAUCGUGGCCGUGGCCGUGGCCGUGGAGGCGGUCGUGGUGGUUUCGGCUCCGGUGCCAACCGAACUGCUCCUUCCAGCUUCGCCGGCACCAAGAUGACCUUUGACUAG